GGUAGACCUGCGCAUAGAGACGGGAGAUCGCCAUGUUAGAUACGCAGUGCCACGUCAGCAGUGCCACGUCACACAGUGCCACAUCAGCAGUGCCACGUCAGCAACAGUGCCACGUCAGCAGUGCCACAUCAGCAGUGCCACGUCAGCAUUGCCAAGCAGUGCCACAUCAGGAGUGCCACGUCAGCAGUGCCACGUCAGCAGUGCCACAUCAGCAGUGCCACGUCAGCAGUGCCACGUCAGCAACAGUGCCACGUCAGCAGUGCCACGUCAGCAACAGUGCCACCAUGACGGGCACAGCUCUGGGCAUGCCAGGCCAACUGGCCAACGAGUCUCUUGCCGACUACAAACAGCGGUUCCAGGCUCAGCUCGCUCAGAUCGAGGCUGAGGAACAGCGCCAGCUGGCAGCCGAGGCUGCCCGCCUACAGGCUGAAGCAGCGGCAACAGCUGAGAAGCAGCGGCUACAGGCCGAAGCAGACGCAGAUACCCAGGCACGCCGCGAGGAGGCCCAGGAUCUGCUGCAGCGGCAUGGAGCUGCCAGCAUCGAAAGACUCAAGUUCUGGCACUUUGAACCGUCCAACGGCGACGAUGCGACACCGGAAGAGUAACAUAAGGAGUUCCUCUCCAAACUCGUGACACGGUUGUUGUACGCUUGCAACUACCUACGGCCCGAGUUAG